CGCAGAACCCCGCUUAAGAGCUCAGCUACCAAAGUAAAAAGUAGCUUGUUCAGCGGCCUCAGCCAGGGUCGCCAAGGCUGACGACGUAGCUAACGUUGCCCAGCUUCAGAUCGUCACGCAACUCCAACCCCAAACCCAGCGUCAUCGGAACCCGGAAGCGCCAACCCAAGGACCGACAGAAGGUCUGAAGAGUAGCCACGCCGACGCCGCACUCACCGAAUUCUCAUCGUCGAAAAUUUCACCAGACCGGCGCUGUCUUCCCUUUCCGUCUUUACCCUCUCCGAUUGAUACCCGCUCCAGCCGCAGCCUCACGAGCACCAACUCUCUCCGACGCCCAUUAUCUCCCGCAGCUACCCACGACGGGCGCAACAACCGACGCCAACGGAAAGGAGCACCAAGACCGGGACUAAUAAUACGCUACGAAGAAGAAGAAGCCCAAAAUGCCAACAGCAGGUCUAAAAACAAUCAUCGCCCUCUCCUUUGUCCUGGCCGUCGGCUUCCUCCUCGUCAUCCUCUCGUGCGCGCUCUGGCACGCCUACUAUCCACUGCUCGUCGUGGCGACCUACGUGCUCGCGCCCGUGCCCAACUGGAUAUGCAGCCACUGCGCGAACCCGGAUGACUUUGUCGAGAGCUCGGGCGCGGCUGUGCUGGAUCUGGGGCGGUUCUGUACUGGGUUCUUGGUGGUGAUGGGUAUUGCGUUACCCGUGUUGCUCGCGCACUCAAACAUCAUCUCGAUCCCCGCCAUGGUCAUGUCUGUCAUUGGAGGGCUGCUGAUUUAUGGGACCAUUAUCAGCUUCUCUAUGUUCUUCCAGGAGGAGCAGGAGUUUUAGGAGAGGAAUGGAAUACCAUAAGCGGUUGAUCUGGCGGCGAAGCUUAGGUCACGGAGCAUGGGUCGGGAAGGGCAAUGGGAGAAGUUGCUCGUAGUUGCUUUCUCUGUUUUGGGUGUACAACAUGGCGGUUCCUUAAUGCGCAUGAUGGGUGGCGAGCGGGUGAAUGGGCGAACGGCGGACUGGAUUAGGCUUUUGACAAGAGAUUAUCAGGGACAGAGGCUGGGUUUGGGGAGGCAUAACACUGGGACCAUGGCGCAUAUACUCGUGUAUCCCAGAAGUAUACCCCCUAACUCCCUAUCUGAUUUGUAUGGUGUAUCUGUACAAUGCGUUAAAGCGCUGCCAUGAAAAUGCCCCGUUGAGCCAAAUUUCACAUGUAGCCUCCGUUUUGACGCCCAGUCAUAUA